AUGCAAUUCUCCCAAUCUCUUGUUUUAUCCAUCGCUACUUUAUUAGCUUCUGUUCACGCUGAAGACCUUUUGGUUGUCUUGAGAAGCGAUAUUCCAAACCAUCUUAACGAAUAUCUCUCUUAUAUUCAAGCAAACACCCAAGAAAAUGUCUCUCCAUUGUUGACCCUUUUCCAACAAGCUCAAACUUACACUGACGACUCUUACACUACCUUGGUUGAUGCUUCUCAAGCUGCUGCUAUCACCUCCUUUGCUGAGGGCUUGCCUUGGUACUCCUCCAGAAUCGAACCAUCGUUGAACUCUACUCCAGCGCCUUCUGCAACCUCUUCUGCUCCAGAAUCAACUGCUUCCUCAUCAGAUGCUACCUCCACUAAGGAAUCAUCCUCUGCUGCCCCAACUACCUCUAGAGAAUCCUCCUCUGAAUCCACUUCCUCCGAAGCUACCUCUACUAAGGAAUCCUCAAAGGAAUCUUCAAAGGAAUCCUCAAAGGACACAACUUCAAAGGACACAACCUUAUCCUCUUCCACUCCAGCUCCUUCUCACUCCAAGACUGCAGAACCUUCCUCCUCUGUCUCCACUGCUGGCGCAUCUUACCUUGCUCCAGGUGCUGGCUUGUUAGCUUUAGGUGCUAUUGCUUUAUUAUAA